AUGAUCGCUGCCGUAGCGCUGCGUAGUGCUAACUGCUUUGAUGAACUCGGUUUGCAAGGACAACCACGAACACUCUGUUUGAAAUGGACGGGCAAUAAGACGAGAACGGAACAUGGCUCCAAGGUGAUUGAGCUUCAGAUAUCCGGAACCGAUCAACGGCAUCAUAAACUACUAGAUACUCGCACAGUCAAAGAAUUAGCUCUUACCCCACAAACACUAGACUUUGGGACAUUGUCGGCUUCAUUUCGGCAUCUACGAGGACUUCCGAUAGCGAGCUACAGGAAUGCAGUUCCUCGUGUUUUGAUAGGGGUUAACAACCUUCAUUUGACCGUUCCGCUUCGUACAAAAGAAGGUCAGCCGCAAGACCCAAUAGCUACUAAAACAAGGUUGGGAUGGUGUGUCUACGGAGGAACAGGAUACCAAGAUACAUCUUUGUACGUGCACCGUUGUAGUUGCUCUGGUGAUGAUGCAUUGCACACAGCUGUUCGGAACUAUUUUGCUUUAGAAGACGUGGGGAUAACCGGGACAGCCAUUCUAGAAUCUGAGAACGAUAAACGGGCCAAGAGAAUCCUUGAAGAGCACACAAGUCGCCAAGGUGAUAGAUUCCAAACUGCCUUACUUUGGAAGUCCGAUUAUUAUGAGUUUCCUGACAGCCGUUUUAUGGCUGAAAAACGUUUCGAGUGUUUAGAACGUAAGCUUAAACGAAACCCAAAGAUGAUGGAAAACGUUACUAAGCAAAUAGAAGAAUACCAGAUGAAAGGAUAUGCCCGUCUCGCCACCGAAGGUGAAAUCAGAAACUCGGAUCCUCGGAAAACCUGGUACCUACCACUCGGCGUUGUAGUAAACCCCAAAAAGCCGGAGAAGAUUCGCAUGGUGUGGGACGCAGCUGCUACGGUUAAAGGUGUCUCGUUGAACAGCAUGCUUUUGAAAGGACCAGAUCAACUAACAACACUACCCUGGGUCCUCUUCCGUUUCCGACAAUAUGCUGUGGCAGUCUCUGGUGAUAUAUCCGAGAUGUUCCACCAAAUCUGUAUUCGUCCAGAAGAUCAGCAAGCUCAGCGUUUUCUCUGGCGGACCAAUCCAAAUAAAGUUUUCGACGUUUUUGUUAUGCAGGUGGCCACUUUCGGUUCAACUUGCUCCCCAGCAUCUGCUCAAUUCAUAAAGAAUAAGAACGCACGAGAGUUUGCGGAUGUCUAUCCUCGAGCUGUUGAAGGAAUCAUCGACUGCCAUUACGUGGACGACUACGUCGAUAGCUUUGGGACAGAGGAAGAAGCUCAACGAGUUGCUCGAGAAGUCAAGGCCAUUCACGCGCGAGGAGGUUUCAACAUUCGUGGUUGGAGAUCCAAUAGCGUGAAAAUACUCCAAGGACUUGGAGAGGCAACAGAUCCUAAUCCCAAAGAACUAAACACACAGCACGGCAUCAUCGAGAGGGUUCUUGGAAUGCACUGGCUUCCCAAUGAAGAUACUCUGGCAUAUUCCACCAACUUUCAGCCACAAAUAAACGACAUAAUUUCAAACAGAAUGCGGCCAACGAAACGACAAGUACUGAAGUGCUUAAUGAGUGUAUUCGACCCUCUCGGUCUUCUAGCGGCCUUUGUCGUUCAAGGCAAAAUACUUCUCCAAGAUAUUUGGAGAGCCGGUACUCAAUGGGAUGAAGAAAUCGACGACCAAGUAUUCGAAAAAUGGACCAGAUGGAUAGAUCAGUUCCCACUUAUAGCAGUCCUCCAGGUUCCAAGAUGCUACUAUCUAGAUGCUACUGAAACACUCUACAAUAAUCUUGAACUGCAUAUAUUUGCCGACGCAAGCGAAGAUGCUUACGCAGCCGUAGCGUAUUUUCGUAUUUCCAUCAAUAGCAAGGAAUAUAAGUGCACUUUAGUUGCGUCAAAGACAAAGGUAGCUCCUCUACGACAUUGGUCGAUUCCCCGGCUUGAACUCCAAGCUGCUGUAUUAGCUGCGCGACUAGAAACAUUUAUUAAAGAAGGCCAUACAUUGCAAAUACAUCGUACGGUAUUUUGGUCGGAUUCGAGUACAGUACUAGCCUGGAUACGCUCGGACCAUCGAAGAUAUUCGUCGUUUGUGGCAUGUCGAGUAUCUGAAAUAUUAUCUACCACUUCUAUCGCUGAUUGGCGAUGGAUCUCAACGAAGAUGAACGUUGCUGACCUGGCCACAAAAUGGGGACAAGGUGGCCAACUGGACGUGGAUGGUCCAUGGUUCAACGGACCGGAAUUCUUGAAAAUGGAAGAAACAGGGUGGCCGCAUCCCAAGUCAAUACAACCUACGGUAGAAGAACAAAAAAUCUGUGGGGUCCAUCAAAGUUUAGAAAUUCCAGAGCCGCUGGUUGAUGUAUCCAGAUUUUCUAAAUGGGAGAGACUGACCAGAGCAAUGGCCUACGUAUUCCGAUAUUUCAAUAACUGUAAGAAAACACGUUGCAAGGUCAGCAGUUUGUAUCCCACGCAAUCCGAGUUGAGGCUCGCCGAAGAUUACCUAUUCCGAAUGGUUCAAAGAGAAGCUUUUCCAGACGAGGUACACCAGCUACUGGCACGAAUCAGCGAGCCGAAUGAAAAGCAGGUCGCCGUAGGAAGAGGCAGCAAACUUUACAAGUUGUCACCUUACCUGGACGAACACCAAGUUCUACGAGUCGACGGGCGGAUUGGAGCGGCGGCUAAUGUGGACAACUGCAUUAAGUAUCCAGUGAUUCUAUCAAAACAACACCGUGUCAGCGAUUUGAUCAUCGAUUUUUAUCACCGCAAGUUCCAUCACGCUAAUUUUGAAACCGUGGUGAACGAAUUACGUCAGGUUUACCAUAUACCACAAGUACGAUCCCGCGUGAAGCAGAUUGUGAAGCGUUGUCAGUUCUGCAAAAUCAACAACGCUCGACCUCAAAUUCCAAGGAUGGCUCCUUUACCAGCGGCGAGAUUAGCAACGUGCACACGACCGUUCACUUUCGUCGGGUUGGACCUGUUUGGUCCACUCCAGGUUAAAGUUGGUAGGAGCUCGGUUAAACGGUGGAUCGCGCUAUUUACCUGUUUGACAGUGCGCGCUGUCCACGUCGAAGUAGUAUUCAACCUAAGUACGGAGUCGUGUAUUAUGGCGGUCCGGAGGUUUGUUGGUAGGCGAGGAUCACCAUUAGAAUUCUAUUCAGACAACGGCACAAACUUCCGGGGAGCCGACAAUGUGCUGCAGAGACAAGUUUCCAACAUCGAAGAAGGACUGGCAUCUACGUUCACCAACACUGCAACGAAAUGGGUGUUUAUACCACCCGGCACACCACACAUGGGCGGCGCUUGGGAGCGCAUGGUUCGUUCGGUGAAGAAGGCGAUGGAGACGAGCGUGAACGCGUGUCGAAAACUGAGCGAUGAGGGUCUGUGGACUCUAGCAGUCGAGGCUGAAGGAAUAGUGAAUUCCAGACCGCUUACGUACCUCCCGAUUGAGGCAGCGGAACAAGAAGCUCUUACUCCUAACCAUCUGUUAAUCGGAAGCUCCAACGGUAUCAAGCAGCCGACUGUAGAGCAAGUAGACGAAAAAUUGGCGCUGAAAAAUACUUGGCACCAAAUACAAACUCAAGUGGACACUUUCUGGCGUCGAUGGAUUCGUGAAUACUUGCCGGAUUUGACUCGGCGUACAAAAUGGCAGAGUGAAACUCGACCGAUUUGCGUAGGAGACUUGGUGAUCAUUGUGGAUGAGGCUAGAAGAAAUGGUUGGGUCCGCGGACGUGUUAAUGAGGUCAUUCCAGGGCAAGAUGGGCGUCCAAAAUCAUCAACCAAACCAACUGACUGCUGUAAUUCGGUCAAAAGUCACAAAAACAACAACAACGACGAGAAGAACAACAACAAGAGGGAGAAGUUUGGGGUGGACAACAUACUGGAAAAGGCACAGUCCUAA